AUGGACGCGGAUCAGCUUAUAAGGAGGCCGGUGCUGCCCUGGGAGCUGGGGGCGGAGCGAGGCCACCCAGUGUCAGCGAAUUACGGCUACCUCAAAGGGUGUGACAACAGCUUCGGCGAGCUGCACAUGAAAAACGCCACACAUUGUGACAAGGUGGGGGGCUACAUUGUGAUUCACGUGGAGGACUUGUGGCGCCUGGCGCCCAUCUGGAGCUUCAAGAGUGAGGAGGUGCGGGCAGACGUGGAGCACUACACCAUCAACGCCACGGGGGACAUUCACGGUCAGAGGUGGAUCAGCGAGAUGUAUGGCUACUCCUUUGGAUCAUCUGAUGUGAGUGCCACUGCAUGUGGAUCUGUUUGGAUUACCUAG